AAAUACUGUGUGCAAGGCCGGCCGUUGCCGAUGCCGAUGUGUUGUCCAUGAAGACGUCGUUCCGUCUUGGUGAAGAGGUGGAGUUUCGCUGUCGCAAUGACAACGAGACGACGUCAACGACGUGUCUCACCAGCGGUUCCUGGUCAGUGGGAAACUACGUGUGUGGAGCUUGUCCCGCUGGAUGGGUACCACACAAAGGUCAUUGCUACAAGUACAUCCCAGACAAACUCAAGUACUCUGAGGCGGAGUCUGCGUGUUCCAGCCAUGGCGCUAUUCUAGCUCCGACUCCGGACAAAGAGACUCUCGACUUUGUCGUGUCCUUGAGAGUCUACCUUCAGCCUAUUUGGUUAGCAGCCAAUGACCGUGAAACAGAAGGCCAGUGGGUGUGGCCAGAUGGGACGAAUACAACGUAUACUAACUGGGCAGCAGAGCGUCCAUUCAAUCGGGAUGAUAGAGAUUGUGGUUACAUUAGCGGUGAAGACAGAGACAACACAUGGAAUGACGUGGACUGUAUGUGGUACAACAACCACCCCUUCGUGUGCAGGAAGACUAAAGCAGACCCACCUGUCUGUGAAAACCGAAUUUCAGGAUGUGACAAAAUGUUGAAAGAGAAGCCUACCUUUUGUGAUGACCACGCGGAAUAUGCUGAAAACGAAUGCCGUUUUACGUGCGGAAAGUGUCCCAGUGAUGCUGGAACAGCGACAGUGUGCAUUGCUCCAGAGCCCAGUGCCAAUGUGACUCUUGUGUCAACAAGUAAAAGCAUGACGACGGGUUCCGUUAUCACUUACGCCUGUGAGGAUGGAUAUCGAUUGGUGUAUGGCAACUUAGUCCGUGCUUGCCACCAUUGUGGGCUGUUGACAGGAAAAGUACCAGGCUGCCUUGCGAGAGAUACGUGUACACAGGAAACACCGACAACUUCCGAAUCGAACGUGACGGAGAAAUCCGAAGAUGGCAUUUCUACAGCAAGUACGCAGGGGAUGUGGCACUGCAAGUCUGGAGACCCAAGAUAGAAUUAGGAGAAUUCAGCUUUGAGUUUGUGGGACAGAACAAAAUCGUCACUAAAGACAAACGAAUCCAAAGAGUCGACAUUGCACCGGCUGACAGAAUUGUUGUCCAGAAUAACGACCUAAUAGGGGUGUACUACGGCUACAGAAGAGGUGGAAUCCCCUAUGGCAGAUGUACGGACAGCUCCGUGCAGGUGGUCUACAGUAAAAUACAUUAUUCCAACGCCGACAGGUUCACCGUCGGAAGGGUUGUUGAGUUCGGGACGAGUGUCAGCUGCAGAGUGUUCUCUCUCACCGCCAUUGUAGGCCCGAAGAGUACCUGAACCUGAACUUCUUGUGAUCUUCAGGAAUGAUGUCGAGCCAAACUCUUUUCAGUAACAGACGCUUUUCAGUAGCAGACGCUUACACGUCGUGUGAUCAUUGGAGUCAGGAAUCGUAGAAUGAACGCCUUCACUAGCCACAAUAAAAUCAUUCAGUAUUA